UAAAACUAUAAAAUGUUCCGAACAUCUAUUAGCAAUUUAAUCAAAAGACAAUUGCAUGGAAAUGCAGAGUUAAUAAAAAACUGUAAAGAAAUUAUAAAUCGGAAUCCACGAAAUUUAGAACGUUUAAGAAUUGCGAGAAAACCUAUAGGUUAUGCCCUUGAUAAUUUCGAUGUUGGAUACUGGCAUACGUUGAAUAUACGUUUUUCUCAACGGUUUGUUAGAGCAGAAAUAUGUCAUUUUGAAAAUGGUCCAGUGAUUACAGUAUCGAGUCAGGAAUGGGGAAUAAGAAAACAGUUAUAUAGCACAAAUGAUAGCGUAGCAGCUAUAUUUGUAGCACAAGUACUUGCUCAACGUUGCUUGGAAAGUGGUAUAUAUGAAAUUUAUGUUAAUAAUUCGAUUAUUACUGGCGAUAGAAGUCAAUUAUUAGUAGAUACACUAUCAAAACAUGGAGUUUGCUUACAAGAACCAGAGGUCUAUAGAAAUCCAAAACCUGGGUACAUGCAUCGUCCAGAGAAACCAUGGGAGAUACAUGAAUAG